UCGGCCGAGUGGGCUGUGACUUGAGUACGGUCUGUCCUGAGGCUGAGCUGCGCCGAAAGUUCCAAUGCUUUUCGCAACCCAGUUUGGAGCGAGCGAGUAAACGCAGGAAGAAGCAUACACCAAGAUUUUAAUCUAAAAUGAAAACUAAACAGGUUGGAGUCCGGCGUUCGGCACGUCUUCAGAAUAAGGAGCUAUGUACUGCAGCAUCAAACGCCUCCAAACAGGGCAUCAAGGCUGGCAGCUCAACGCAUAAAACACCCAGGACUUCACGCGAAACUGUGCUUUCAUUAGACAAGUCGGAUUCCAGCACAAGUAAUCAUCCCUCAAAAAAACAGAAGUGUGAAAGAGUGGAAGUACCGACAGAAGAGAAGGCUCCAGUUACUGAGCAGGAACUGGAAGAUACUGCUGUCAUUCUUCCUCACAAACCCUCACACAAAUCAACUGAACAAAAUGAGAAGUUAGUUAUUAACGAAGUAUGCACAGAAGUGAACGCAGCAGCUCAGGAAAACCAGACACCACCUAUAAUCAGCUCAGAGUGGAGAGGGACAGAAAAACAUGUAGAGCAUGCAGCAGAAACGGAAGAAAUGGACAAUAGUAAUCGUCUGCCAACAGAAAUGUCCAUGAAGACAGUGUUAGAGAACAAGGAAGGUGUUGAGAAGACAGACAGUCUAGAUAAUGAUGUAGAAAGGAGAGAUACUAUGGAGAUUGAUCAGUCACCAGGCACCUCAUUCAAAGUAGAUAACAGCAUUUUUCUGGACGAGGACAGCAACCAGCCAAUGCCUGUUGGCAAAUUCUUUGGGAAUGUGGAGAUUAUGCAAGAUCUUCCACAGUCAGUACCACUCCUGGAUUCUGUCACCAGGCGAGAGUACAGGAGACGUCAUUUCAUUGCAAAAGAUGAAGAGGAUGAAGAACCAGAGGACAGGGUAGCAGACGAGACAAAAGGGGAGCCACGAGUGUUACCUCCAUCAGAAAAUGAGGUGGCCGUGGGAACUGAAACAAAAGUAAAUCCUGUCUUGCAAAAUUCACCAGACGUGGUGGAGAAGUGUUUGUGAUAAUCUUGUAAAACACAAAUGGAAACUGUUAACCAGUAAAGUCAAACCAAAGAUGUCCAUCUGAUUGCACACCUAAUUAUAGCAGAGCUGAGCUUGUUUGAAACAAUUUUGGUAGUUGACCAGCUGUUACAUUCUGAUUGCACAUUAUAAAUCUGUGGUUUUUCAUAUUUGACAUUUUGGCUUAGUUAUUUCGCCUACAUUGUGUUUUUUUAAAUUCUGUAUCUUUCUUCUGUAAUCAUUAACUUAAAUUUGCACUUAAAACACCCCUGGCAUUUACAUACACUUCUAUUAAUAGACCAGUAAAUCAAAAUAAGGAUGACUGGUGUUAGAGUAAGAAGUGGAAGUAAACAUCGGGUUAGGUUUGGUGUUUGUGCAGAGCCUUCACCAAUGUUGGCUUGAAAGGGUACCGGACUCUCUGCUACUUAAAAUCAUAAUUGCAAUUUAAAGCAGAGACUAACCUAUUCAUGUAAGCAAUUUUAUAGUGUUUGUAUGUGUAUGUUCCUCAAAACAAAAAAUGGUUGCUUUAAGUUGAAAAUAUCAAGCUAAAUAUUGCAUUAUAAACUGGAAGUGGACUGAAAUAUUAUCAGGCUUGGAAAUAGAUUCUUUUGCACAGAUUCAACCAGGUUAUAUUAAAAUGACAUCUAUUCACUUUCAUGUAAGAAAAUUUUGUGCUCAAUUUAUACAUGGUAAUCUAGGGAAAGGUUUGUGAUUCUUUGUAAAUGAUACUUAAAUUCAGUAUUGUAGGAUAACAGUGCCUUUGUAAAGGCAGGGAAAAGUUGCAAUCGAUGUUAGAUGAAGUGAAAUGACCAUUUUUCCAAUAUUAAAUGAUUACUACACAGUACUAGAACAAAACAACAGCAAAAAUAAUUACAGAAAUCUCAACCAGCAGUCCUCUCCGUCUGAGUCUGCUCAAACCUUGGUAUGAAGAAUAAAAAGAAUAUUUUGCUUUUCAUGGUGUCAUUUAUCUUAUUAACAUAAUAGGUAUUUGUUAACAGAAAAAAGGAAUGACUAAUUGUUUUCCAGAAUAUUUCUGAUCAUGGUCAUGAUCAUGAAGGCUACAACUAAAAUCACAUUAUUCCACUUCAGUCUUUCAAUCCUUUGCCUUUCUGUAAGCUUGUUGGUGAUAAUUAAGUUUGUUUUAUUAAAAUUGAAAUGAUUUUUGUAUUCUGUAGCUUUGCCAGAUUAAGUAGGCAGAAAAGGGGGAAAAUAAGUGGAACACUUUACUUAUUAAAUAUCUAUUCUUUUGAAGGCACAAGAUCCUCUUUUCUGGGUAACGUUUAUAGAUAAUACUGCUGCAGCCAUCAGUGUCCUGCCAAUGCCAUUUGAAACUCCUGUGUGGGAGUUGUGCAACAGGGUUUGGUUCUACCUCCCUCUGGGCAUUGUGCCUGGUCUUCACUCUGUUCCCCAAGUGGAAUUAACGAUGUUGAAAGCACUCUAUUAGGGAAAUUAAUGCCUCCUUUCCAUUCUAAAUAUAAUACCCCAAGCCAUGAUUCACUACUUAGUUUAGUAUUUGUGAAACCUGUUAAGCAGUUAAAUUAUAGAACAUGAUUUUAAAUAAUUUGUUUCAAUAUUUAAGUCCAUUUUGAAGCACUAGUAAGAAGAAAGUAAAGUAUGUGCACUUUGCACAGAAAUGCUAGUAUUUUUCAGCAUACAUGCCUCUGAGUUUUAAGACCUCGAUGUGGAUGUCCCAAAGUUACUAUCCGAGUCUAGUGGGAAUACAAGAGCAGAGCUGGAUCUCACUUAGAAUUACCCAACAACCCACCAGAUCCACUGGGAAAAUCCACUCAGGAUCCAAUAUUAGGAUCUUUCAGCAUGUUAAUUUUAAUUGGGAUUGUAGGGAUGCUGAAAAGAAAGUAAAGAGGAAGGUGCUUUUGAAUUAUUUCUGUUUUUAAAUUGUUUUGGCUCACUUUACCUUUUUAAAAGAAAAUAGGCUCUCAGUUUAUUAGUUUUUACAUCUUUCUGAAACAUUCAAAAAUACUUACGGCUUUGAUAUUUGGCAAAGCUGGGAACAGGAUCGCACCAGCUUUGAGAGGAGAUCUUCAAGUAGGGCUUCUUCUGGCCCACAUCAGUGCUCACCUUUCACACUCGAGAUCUGCCACUGUUCAGCUCCUUGUUGCUCAUCUCUGGGAUUGUCCGUCUGAGUAAGAUCAACCAUCCGGCAUCGAUGUGUGUCAGUUUGGGUGGUGGGCCCGUGGUGGUAAAAGCUGGCCCAGUGCCUUAUUUAAACCAAAGUACAGGCCUGAAUGCAAAACAUUUUUUUCAAACUGUUCAAACUUUGAGUAGAACAUUAGUGAAUGUACUGGAAAGUUAACAAUCAACUGAUGUGCUAUAAAGGUGUAAUUUGGAAAUAACAAAUCUUUCAAUAAACUUUUACUAUUGUCACUA